UGAGCGUUGACUGUCGGUUCAAUCGAACGGAGCAUAGUCACGACGGACUCGUGUCUGGACGGUGCAGGUGAAAACCUUUAUAAAGCAAAAUGACAACGGCAGCUCGACCAACGUUCGAACCAGCACGGGGCCGUGAGAAAGAUCUCGGCGCCCUCUCGAAGCAAUAUUCAUCCCGUGAUCUCCCAGCCCAUACAAAACUAAAGUAUCGUCAAAGUGGCCAGGGCGGACAGGACGAUGUCCGUGGACGUGACUUCCGUAGGGAGCUUGAGGAACGUGAGGAUCGCGAACGCAGCGGAAAGAAACGCCACAGUGAUUCGCGCGGUGACCGUGAUCGUGAUCGGGGCGAUCACCGCGAAUACCGCGAAAGAGAUCUGCGUGAACGUGAGAUUCGCGAGCGGGAAAGACAACAGCCGAUCGCUGUGGCGAGCCUUGACGCCGAUGAACCAACAAAGGACUCGUCAUCGGAGGAUGAUAGCGAUGAAGAGGACGAUACGGCUGAGCUGAUGGCGGAACUAAAUAGAAUCAAACGACAGCGACUUGAGGAGGAACAGCGUCGUGAAGAAGAGAAACGCCAAGAAGAUGAACGAAUUCGAAUGGAGAAUAUUCUUUCCGGGAAUCCUCUCCUUCAAGCAUCAUCAAAUAAGGACUUCAAGGUUAAACGUCGUUGGGAUGAUGACGUGGUGUUCAAGAAUUGCGCCAAAGGCGAACCGGAUAGUAGUAAGAAGGGUUUUAUCAACGAUACCCUCAGAUCUGCGUUCCACAAAAAAUUUAUGGAAAAGUACAUCAAAUAACUACAAGGAACCACUACCGUAAUAGGAAGCUUGUGGCGAUAGGAUACGGCUUUAGCGUACAGCUAUUGUGUUUUCGUUGCGGCAGAUCAUCUCAUUUCUAUAAGAAGUGGCCCUGAGGUGUUUUGUUAACGCAACGCGAAGACUUGACAAAGGAGUAACGUAUUAACAGUCGGGGUGGCACGGCACAACACAACGUUAUGGACCGUUCUUGGCCCAGUAAAAAGCUGUUUAUAUUGUAAAUAGAUUUAGGAAUGACACUUGUAUUCCAUAAUACUGAAUAAUAAUAAUAAUAUUAAGUCCAAAUAACACAAUUAAAACUUGUGUAGUUAUUGUACCAUGUACUCUGAUUUCUAUUUCUUUUGAAGUAAAAUAUGUUUAGCGAGAGCAGGUAUGUUUUGUUUUUGCAGGUGUAUAUGAGGCUGUUCUAGUAAGUGCUUUUGCAAUUUAACAAUUGGGAACGAAAUAGAACAUUGUAAACGCAAAAAGAUCAACUCCAAAACAAAUUUGAAGCCGUCACGAUUUACUAGUGUGGGCCAGAAUCUAUAAGAUUAUUAGAGUAAACAAUGCACAAUGUGAGAAACUGUGACAACAACUUAUCGUUCUCAAAAUAUGUUUUAGAUAUUUCGAAGAUACUUUUGGUAGCUUUUUCUUAUUUUAGCAAACGAAGUGUCAGGCCAACAGAUGCUUAGUAUAAGAAAAAUGCUAAAUAACUCAAGAGAGUUCGCCAAAAUGUCAAAAUGAUAAGAGAAAAAAAAGAUUGAAUUUGCAAUUAACUCCUUUUUGUUCGCUGAUCCCUAUCCACGCGACAACAGCAAU